AUGGAGAAACUUGUGAAAAUUCGCAACGCACAUAUGGUGCAAGUGGUCGGGGAGCUGGCAGCAGCCGGGAAACUCGCUGAACGGAAGGCGUCCUGCAGCGAGGCAACGGAAAGGCUCGACCAGCUUCGGGAACUUGCUGGAAACUUCCGGAAGACACAGUCGAGUAUCGAGGAGAGCCUGGAUGACCCAGAAGCGGUUGCCUCCGUGCACAACUUCCGCGAGGAGUUUAAUGGUGCAUACUUUCGAGCAAAGGACAUUCUGGAGAAAUACAUCGCGGACAACAAUCCGGACGAAGUUGCUUCCACAUCCAGUUUUACUAGUGGAAGAACGGUCAUGGACAACGAUUUGCGAGAGGCGAUGAAGAUGCUCCUGAAUGCCCAGCGUACCUUGUUGGAGGGCCAACAAACAGCGAACAUCAAUCAAUCGCAAGGCACCCGGGACCCGGCAGCGGAAGAUUACGGGUCGAAUCGUGCACCGUUCGUGAAUGUGCGGCUGCCGCCGAUCAACGUGCCAACAUUCAGCGGCGACAGGAAAAGCUGGAGGUCGUUCAAGGACAUUUUCGAAACUACUAUUCACAACCGGAUCGACCUUCCCAGCUCACUCAAGAUGCAGUAUCUGGUGUCGUUCCUUGACGGCAGCGCGAAGCAGCUAGUGAGUUCGUUUCCCAUCUCGGAAGCUAAUUACCUGGAAGCGUGGGAGGCGCUCACGAAUGUCUACGAUAAGAAGAAGUAUACGGUCUUCGCCCUUGUUCGUGAAUUCGUGGAUCAGCCAGCGGUCACCUCCGGAACAUCAGAAAGCCUGCGGAAGCUCGUCACUACUUCCGAUGAAGUGGUGCGUCAAUUGAACGCGCUUGGGGAAGAGUUCAACACGCGAGACCCAUGGCUCAUCCAUCUUCUGCUGGAAAAACUCGACAAGGAAAGCCGUUCACUCUGGGCGCAGCGAAUCAUCGAAGAGAAGAAUCCAUCGUUCGACGAUUUCCUGAAGUUUCUGGAUAACCGGUGCGACGCCCUGGAAACUUGCACGGCGUUUACGAAAAAGUCGACAGGGGAAGCCGUCAAGAAGGAAACCGUAAAGAAAACAGUGAGCGAGAAGAAGUUGCAUUCCCUGCACUCAGCUGCAGGAGGGGAAAAGUGCGCGAAAUGCUCCAAAGAGCAUCCGUUAUUUCAGUGCGAUGACUUUAAAAAGAUGGACACACAGUCUAAACGUGAACUUGUUAAGAAAGCGAGAUUGUGCUUUAACUGCCUGCGGGCAUCGCACACCGCGAAGUUUUGUGGCUCAAAAGCAGUGUGUCGGAAUGAUGACUGUAAGCAGCGUCAUCACACACUGCUGUGUGAAAAAAACAUUGAAGAAGUGAAGAAGAAACCAGUGCUAAACAGUGAAACGGAACAACAACCGGAGAGCGGAUCUGUCAUCACUUCGAUGGUGGCACAGGUUCCGCUAAAAGUGCAUCAGAAAGCGUUCAUUCUACCUACUGCUGUCAUUCGUGUGCGGGGAGGCGGCGGCGAGCUGCUUCAAGCCCGUGCUCUCAUCGAUUCUGGAUCCGAAGCGUCGCUGAUCUCCGAAGCUUGCGUGCAGAAACUCGGCCUGCCUCGCUCCAACGGCAAGGUGGUGGUCUCCGGACUAAAGCAGCAGACAGCAGGAACAACUCGCGGACUAGUGAAGCUGGUGAUCGCCAACCGGUUCGAAAACGCAAUCGUUUUGCAGACAAGUGCCUUCGUCAUGGGAAGGCUCACUUCGACACUUCCGACACAGCACUGUAGGGUGCAUCCAAGCCUGCUUGACAACCAGCUACAGGAGAACCUUGCGGAUCCGGCAUAUCAAACGCCGGGACCGAUCGAUAUCAUCUUGGGAUCUGAUGUCUUUCUUGCUCUUCUGAAGCCAGGGCAAGUCAAGGACAACGGUGGUGUUCCCGUGGCGCAAAACACGAUCUUUGGGUGGAUUGUGUCGGGGAAUCAAGCCAUCUACUCGUCGAAAAUUCAAGCCAACGCAUCCAUCGUCAAUCUGCACACAGAGCUCGACGUCAACCGCACCUUGCGAAUGUUUUGGGAGCAGGAGGAGGUUCCGAAGCCGCAGCAGCUUACUCCUUCUGAACAGACAGCCGCCGAGCUCUUCAGGUCGACUCUCUCACGAGACGGAAACGGGCGCUUCAUCGUACGGCUACCGUUCGACGAUUUGAAGCCAGCGCUGGGUGAAUCUCUCACUCCGGCCAUCAAGCGAUUGCGAUCAAUGGAAAGGCGUUUUCGACAGGAUAAGGAAUUCCAUAAGCAGUACACGGAUUUCCUCAGCGAGUAUCUGGCACUAGGACACAUGGAGGUGGUGCCAGCAAACGAGGUGGAGGUGGAGACUAGCCAGUGUUUCUAUCUUCCACACCAUGCCGUGGUCAAGGCCGACAGCACGACGACCAAAUUGAGGGUGGUCUUCGACGCCUCGUGCGCGUCGUCAAGCGUAUUUCUACGUUUCCGAACCCACCAGGUAGCGUUUUCGGCAGACGUGGAAAAAAUGUAUCGCCAGGUGGUGGUACACCCAGCGGAUCGUGAUUUCCAGAGGAUCGUGUUCCGUGAGCAGGAGGAUCAACCAAUCCAACACUAUCGGUUGUGCACUGUGACGUAUGGGACCAAGUGCGCCCCGUACUUAGCGAUUGAAGCCAUGAAGCAAUCCGGCCGGGAGUACAAGGAAGUGUAUCCGGAAGCAGCCCUGAGGAUUGAACUCGAUACGUACGUAGACGAUUUUCUGUCAGGCGCUCAGGAUGUGCAGAAAGCAAGGGACCUGAAGCAACAAGUGGUGGAGAUUUUGGAGUCCGCUGGUUUCCACCUGCGGAAAUGGACCACGAACUGCCCGGAGUUACUACAGGACGAAGCUCAGGACGAACAGGAACCGGUGGAUGUCAAGCUAGCAGAGCAGCCAAAUGCAGUCAAGGCACUCGGCAUUCGGUGGCUGCCCAAAGAAGACACUUUUUCGUUCAAGGUCAGCCUCAAUGUAAACAGCGUGAACACCAAGCGACAGCUACUUUCGGACUCCUGCAAGUUGUUUGAUCCGUUCGGCUGGCUGGCGCCAGUGACUGUGAAGGUAAAGAUUAUAUUCCAGCAGCUGUGGCUCAGCGAACUCUCGUGGGACGAUCCACUACCUCCGACAGUCGAAUCGGCGUGGAUUGAGGUCAAGGAAACACUUCAGCAAGUGGAACAGGUACACCUUCCUCGAUUCGCACCCAACUACAACGGCAAAAUCGAGUUGCAUGGUUUUUCGGACGCCUCCGAACUGGCGUACGCAGCGGUGGUGUAUGCUAGAGGGCGGAAUGAUUCAGGAGACAUAGUUGUGAAUCUUCUGGCCGCCAAGACAAGGGUGGCUCCAAUCAAACAAGUGUCCCUACCGAGGUUAGAGCUCAACGCAGCAGCUCUACUAUCAACGCUGAUGGAAUCGGUAAUGCAGGCGUUCAGCCAUCUGGAGGUGGAGCCUUGGGCAUACACAGACAGCAGCAUCGUUCUCCAAUGGUUAUCCGCUCACCCCCGCACAUGGAAAACGUACGUGGCCAAUCGUACGUCGGCAAUCUUGGAAGUGCUGCCACGUGAUCGCUGGAAUCACGUUCGAAGCGAGGACAACCCAGCAGACUGUGCUUCACGCGGUCUCACACCUGUCGAGCUGGUAACGCACCCCCUCUGGUGGUGUGGACCGGACGAAUUGAAGUCGGAAACCGAACACUGGAAGCGAGUCCCUGUUGAGCAGGUCGACGACGAAGAGUUACUGGAGUUACGUCGGUUGAAGGUACUUCACACUGCGAUACCGAUCAUCAGAAUAAACUACGACAUCGAGACAAGCCUACUGGAGCGGCGUUCGAACUACACGCUCAUCGUGCGCGCCCUAGCGUACGUCAAUCGAUUCUUGUUGGCACUCAAGGCGGACAACGAGAAUCCCAACCUUGGACUUUCACCAAACGAAAUCUACGAUGCCAAGAUGCAGCUGGCCAGAGCUGCACAGUACGCCGCAUACUAG